AUGGAAACAGGGCUAAAUGAGGAAGAUCAAGGAAUUGCUGAAAAAUUAGCAAUGCAUAUAGCAGAUACUGCAGAGAAAUAUGACAUUGGGGAAACUCAUGACAAGCUUUCUUGCAAGAUCUUCUUUAUUAUGUCUUUACUGGAAAAACUGAUUCCAGAAGGUCAUAAAGUUCUUAUCUUUUCCCAGACUCGCAAAAUGGUUAAUCUUAUUCAGUUUGUUAUGGCAGCAGAUGCAGUGUCCGAUGGUGAAGGUAAGGUGACAGAUUGUGUGAAGUGAAGCAGAUUUGAAGGCAAUGGAGAAGAAGAGUUAAAGAUGUUGCGGAGUUUACAUAUGAAAGCCAUGCUCUUCAAGAACCCAACUGCCAGAAAAUGUGUUCGCUAUCACCUCUAGAAAUCGAAUUUCAGUCUGACUUAUCGCGUUCUUCUGUCUACUACUGGAGCAUACAUACACAUACAAAGGAGACGGACCCCUGUAACGGAUCCUCUUCCAAUCCUCUUGGCUCUUGCAAUAAAAAGGGUUUUGGUGGUGUUGAUGGUAAAAAUGAAACAUCUAACCCCCGCAACGCGGGGGCCACUUUACUAGUUAUAUUAUUAUAUGUUUCAUGGUCAAUCCAUAAAAAUGUUCAAGCCGUUAUAGCCUUUGGAGGGGUUCGUAGGUAUAAAAAGCCUGAUACAUCUGCUCUUUAAAACAUCACAGCUAUUACGGGACCCAUCCAUCCAACACCACUUAUUUCAUGAAAUUUAGUGUCGUAUCACAUUCUAUAAUAAAAUAUCUAAAGGGUGUUCAAAAUGUCAUAACAGAAUAGCUACGAAUUUUCUUUUCUGCCGUAUCAAAAAUAAUAACCUAUAAAAUUUAGUCAUGUAGCGAAAAUUCCAUCACAAAUUUUCUACGGAACUUAGCUGUGUAGAAAAAUAGCUAAUAAGCUACAGGUGUAAUUGGGCCUGUUUGAUUUUGUGCUGACUGGGUCCGAAUCAGCACUUUUGGCUGACUCGGUCCAGUCAGCCUGUUUGAUAAAAGCCUAAUAACAUCUGACCCAAUCUUAUCGUCUGAUUCGGUCAUGAGAAAUGGCCUGACUCGGUCCUAGGUUAAAAAGAAGCUGACUGGAAUAUUUCCCAAUUUUGCUCAGAUGCGUUGAAGUUGAAGUGAUCCAUUAACGAACCCACAUUUCUCCCUCUCCCGAUUCUGUCUUCGCCGAAGUUUUAUCCUCCCCUCUUCCAUCGCCCUCCUCCUCCACCUACUCCAACACAACCAUCAUCACCAACUCCUACUUCUUCCAACACCGGUAAGCUCUGUGUUUUUUAGUCUCCAUCUUUAGUCGAAUGAUCUCAUGAAAUCGAUUCAUGAUUAUUUUUGAAAUCGAUUAAUAAAAUCGUUUUUGAAACCGAUUGAUAUCCGACCAUCUCCUUCAAUCAAUUUUUGGCUCUGCGUUUUUUGGCUCGUUUUUUUCCUGCAAUUAACCCAGU